AUGUUUUCGAAGUCUAAAGAAGGCGAGGGGUCCGGUGAACAUGAUCCGGAGAAGCAUGAUGCCUUCGAGGAUAGCAAUCCCGAAGAUAGCCAUGUGGAGAACAUUCGUCAAUCCCAAGUCCACUAUGAAAUAGAUCCUGCCUUGAGUAAACGCCUAGACCGCAAGUUCGACAUCCACAUUAUCCCUUGGCUUUUCGGAAUUUGGCUUUUUGCUUUUAUCGACAGGAGCAAUAUUGGGAACGCCAAGAUUGACGGCCUCUUGGAAGACCUCGACAUGGUUACCGGCACGAAGUUCAAUGUUGCACUUAAUUGGAUCGUGAAAAAGAUCCGAGCCGGCGUCUAUCUACCAACUCUCAUCACCUGUUGGGGCAUCGUAAGCACGUUUCUUGGUUUCACGAAAUCUUUCGCAGGCCUUGUGGUCUAUCGACUGCUCCUUGGACUCUUCGAGGGCGGUCUACUUGGAGGUAUCGUUGUGUAUCUAGCCAUGUUCUACCGUCGACAUCAGAUGCUGUAUCGCAUCGGCUUGUUCUAUUGCGCAGCCCCCUUAUCCGGCGCUUUUGGAGGUCUGCUAGCCACGGGAUUGGCAACGAUACGACGCGGCGGCUACAACAGGUGGCCUUGGAUUUUCUUUGUUGAGGGCGCAAUUACGACAGUCUUCGGCGUGACCUGCUUCUUCUUCAUGCCAAGCACCCCAGCUGAUGCGAAGUUCCUUACAACGGAUGAACAUGUCAACGAUGAGCACUUUAGCUGGCACUGGGUGAAAAUGGCGGUGCUCGCGCCGCAGACAUGUUUCUGCACUUUAGCAUGGAUAUUUCUUCUCAUCCCACUUUACAGCUUCUCGCUAUUUCUGCCGUCGAUCAUCCAGGGCCUCGGAUAUCGCAACACCACUCAGAUCCAGCUUCUCACCGUCCCACCCAAUAUCGCCGCUUUUCUUGUCGUGCUAGCCACGUCUGCACUUUCUGACAAGAUCAAGGCACGAGGUCCGAUUAUGGCCGUUGGGAGUAUGGUAGCUUUGUGCGGAUAUACCAUGAUUCUUGCCUCGAAAUCAAGCAAUGUUCGCUACGGGGGUACGUUCCUCAUUGCGACAGGAGUUUUCCCUGGAAUUGGGUUGUUGAUUGGCUUGGCAAACACCUCUGCCUUUCCAGCUACAUUCAUCUAUUUGCAGAAAGACGCUCCGGAUUAUGUUCUGGGUCACUCAGUCUGCGUAGAUUCCUUAGUCCUCUGCUGUGUUAAGAUGUGUCUGCAGAUGCUCUAUUGUCGAUGGGAAAAUUCGAAGCGCGAGCGAGGAGAUCGAGAUGAACGACUGCGAGGGAACAAGGUUCACCUUCUUGGACAUCGACACCCUGCUUAUCGGUAUACCUUGUGA